AUGAUCACAGAUGGGCCUCGUCAGCAUGCAUGUCAUUUAUGGCUUAGUGCUUUUCGAGGUCGGAUGUAUUCUUUCACCCGAAAUCUGACUCUAGGCCCGAGAAGAUCUCAAGACAGCAACAUUCAUGCUGGCGCACCAAAGACUCGUUUGCAUGGCAGUGAUAUGGAAGCAUACUUAUCGACAGCCAGUCCGAAUAGCACACAAUGUGGCAUGCAACUAUUUAUGUGCGCAGAAUUUGUCCAUGUCCUUGUUUCAGCAGCCAAAAUCAUAGAAACAGUCCCAGGGUGCGAUACAGACUCCGUCGAGGUACAGCA